AUGGGGAAAGGGACCGAUAAACUCUACAUCACUCACUCCGAAUGGGCCUCUUCCGACGCCUACUCAGCCAGCGCAGGCGCCGGCGUGCGUACUGACACCUCCCACCAUGCCGCCUUCAAGAGACUGCCCUUCAACUUUUGCGCUCUAAGCCUGCAGCCUUUCAGCACACCCGUCUGCACGCCCGAGGGCAUCAUAUUUGACCACGAGAACAUCCUUCGCUGGCUGCUGAAACAUGACACGAACCCGACGAAUGGGAAGCCCCUGAAACAGCAGGACCUCAUAAAGCUGAACUUUGCGAAGAAUGACAGCGAUGAAUAUGUCGACCCAGUCACAUUCAAAGUGUUUACGGACAAUACUCACAUCGUUGCGGUCCGUCAUGGCGAUUCGGCGAAUGUAUUCGCAUACGACACCGUCGAGCGAUUGAAUAUCAAGGCCAAGAUGUGGCGCGACUUAGUCUCGGACGAGGAGUUCUCAAGAAAGGAUAUGAUCUCGUUGCAGGAUCCGCAGAACAUUGAGUCACGCAACCUGAGCUCGUUCAAGUACUUGAAAGAUGGGGAAGAUUCAGGAAUCCCUAAGGAGGAAGCGUCGAUCAACACAGCUAGUUUGGGUAGUGCCGCGGACCUGAAAAUAAUGAAGGCGAAACAGGCGGUCGCGAAAGCCAGAGCGGAGCGAGCGAAUGUGCCGUUACAAGAGGACAAAUCCCUGUCAACAUCGAUGUCGAGGAACCCCGUUAAGAAGACUACCUCCACAGCGCAGUCAUCGAAACCAGCACCUUACAAUGCGACCCGGCACACAACCGGCCAAGCCGCAGCCUCCUUCACCUCCACCGGCCUCACACCGCACACCUCCAACGCUCUGGCGACGAUGACUGACGAAGAAUACAUUCUAAAACCCCGGCGCGUCAAACACAAAGGUUAUGUCAGGCUUUCCACCACCCUCGGGCCCCUGACGUUGGAACUCAACCCCGAAUACGCGCCCAAAGCGGUGUGGAACUUCAUCAAACUCGCGCAGAAAGGUUACUACAACGGGAUCAUCUUCCACCGCAACAUCCGCAACUUCAUGAUCCAGUCUGGAGACCCGACGGGGACAGGGCGAGGAGGGACAAGCAUAUGGAGCAAACCCUUCAAUGACGAGCUCGAGGGGCCCCUGAAGCACGAUAAGAGGGGCGUGCUGAGCAUGGCGAACAAAGGUAAGAACACAAACAGUUCGCAAUUCUUCAUUACAUAUCGGCCCGCGGGCCACCUGGACCACAAACACACCAUCUUCGGACGUGUCGUGGAGAAUGACGAUAAUCAAUCGAUGGAAACGCUCAAACGACUCGAAAACGCGCCCGUGGACAGCAGCGAUCGGCCCAAGGAGGAAAUAAAGAUCCUUGAUGCGGUUGUGCUGAUUGAUCCGUUCGAGGAGUUUUGGAAGCAGAAGAACGAGGCCGAGCAGGGCGAGAAGGAGAAAUCGGAAAGAAGGGCUGAAAGAGGUCUAGGAAGAGGUGGUGGUGGUGUGGACGAAGACCGCACGACGUGGACGGGGAAGAGGAUACGAGAUGACGGCACGGUCGAUUCGGGCAGUGCACCCGGACAGGUCGGGAAGUAUCUCAGGGCCUCUGAGUUGGUGAAGCAAGGCAAAAGCAACGACAACGAAGAGGAGGACGAGAUUAUCGAGUUCGUCGAUAAUGUGCCUGAGGAACCAGUGCGGAAAAAGCUGAAAGGGGGAGUGAGAGGCGGGUUUGGGAAUUUCGAUUCAUGGUGA